AUGGAAGAGCUUCGUGAAAAGGCGAAAUUUUACCAAGAAACCAAGAUGGUCCUCGUGCUUGACAGUACCCACACGGUCGUCAAGUCAGACCUCGCCGUGUCACCACAGCUUCAACAGUCAUUGCAGCAAGGCGUUCAUGAGCUAGAAAGAUGCACGUCCCAUGAGAAGUACUGGACAUUCGAUUCAAAUGGGAUGGUCGUCGAUCUCUUGCACCCAUCUAUUUUUCCCUUAUUUCACGGGGUAUCGCGUGCACUCCCGUACGGGAAUGUUCCGAUCAAGAACUGUAUACUUUCGUACUCUGGAACAGGUGAAAUUGUCAAACCCGAAUUCAUGCUUGUCAAAAAUUCUGAUGCCAGAGAUCACCCAUAUGGAACCUUCCAAUGGCUUCCCUCGAACCUUGCAUUUACAGCCGGCGGCCAGACCAAAUUGAUGAGCUAUGUCAACAAUAUUCACCCAGUAUCCCAUGCACCACUUUACAAUGGACUUGAAGCCAUUGUCGAUGCGACAAUACCCCUUUGGAAUGAAUGUCUAUCCUGGUUGGAUUAUAAUCCAAGAAUUGAGCGUAUCAGGGGAUUGCACUGCCCGUAUCAAGUUCCCGACGAUUGCCAUUUCAGUCUGCCUGUUCUGGAUGAUGACGGAGUUCCAUCGGAAAAUAAAACCCGGGAAGUCAUAUAUGAGGACGCAAAAGAGGUGGUUGGAAACUGGGCAUCUGCCCAUCCCGAUCAAUUUGAUCCAAAUAUCGAGGCUCGGCUCGAAGACUGGUAUAAACAGCAUCGCGUUCUGAAGGAAAGCAGUCCUGUGCCGUUCUGCAGUCGUGAAAGUCGGAUAUCAAAAAUGAGGCGCCGUCCAAUGAACCUCAAAAGCGAAUUUAAUGUACUGCAAGUGAGUUUCAAGCUCACUAACAUUCACCUAACGCCUGAGUCCCCGGAAUAUGAAGGGGGCUCGUGGGACACAGAUGGGAGCUUGAAUGACCACAUCUGUGCUUCGGCUAUAUACUACUAUGAGGAGGAAAAUAUCAUCCCAACCCAUCUCGAUUUCCAACAGCAUAUAGAUAGCUUCGAAGCAUUUUUUGAACUCGCCAACACCGGAUACGUGAGCUAA